AUGUCGUACGAAGACUGGAGAGCAGGUACUGACUCAAAGAUGCAUUGUUCAUGGAACCUUCACAUGCUCCUGCCAAAGAACAUAUACCUUUUCAUCCUGCUUUCCUCGAUAUGUGGCAUAGCAGGACAGGGAGGACAAGCCGACUACGCAGCCGGAACACAUACAAAGACACCCUCGCACACUACCGCAUCGCACAAAGGGGAAAAGCAGUCUCUAUAG